UGAGGAGCUUAACGCUUCAUUCCACUCUAAUGCACUUGAACCCCUUUAUAAAUGCUCUGCUCCAUUCUUGAAACUGUCCCCCUUAUACCCCUCCAUGCCAUUUACUUUGCGUGACAAAGCUUGCUUGCUCCUUAACUAAGCCAUGAAGAAGAAGCGAGCAACUUCAUCACUUGCACGCCCACCCUUCAAGUUUGGCUCAAAACUCGUCAUCCUUGUCUGUGCCGUACUUUUUCUCCUGGCUUUCCUCAGACUUCACUUUCAGACCACGCUUCAGUCUGUCAUCUCUUUCUAUCAGGCAUCUCGUGUUUUCGGUGAUGAUCACUUUAAAUGUACUCCUAAGAUCGCUUUUCUCUUUCUUGCUCGCAGAAACCUGCCUCUGGAUUUUCUUUGGGGCACCUUCCUUAAGAAUGUUGAUACCUCAAUGUUCUCAAUUUAUGUUCACUCGGAACCUGGUUUUGUUUUCAAUGAAUCCAACACGAGGUCUGCUUUCUUUUAUGGUCGGCAGUUGAAUAACAGCAUCCAGGUAGAAUGGGGAGAAUCAAGUAUGAUAGAAGCAGAGAGAUUACUAUUUGAAGCUGCUCUAGAUGAUCCAGCAAAUCAGAGAUUCGUUCUUCUCUCUGAUAGCUGCAUACCCUUGUACAGUUUUGGCUAUGUUUACAGCUACUUAACGUCUUCUUCAAAAAGCUUUGUGGACAGCUUUAUUGAUGUUAAAGAAAAUCGCUACAGUCCUGAGAUGUCUCCUGUCAUACCAAAGGAAAAAUGGAGGAAAGGAUCGCAGUGGAUCGCGUUGAUCAGAAGACAUGCUGUAAUUGUCGUAGAUGAUGAUUUCGUUUUUCCGGUUUUCAGGAAAUUUUGUAAGCGUUGGCCGCCUGCAGACCUAAUAAAGAGAAGGCAGAUACUGCAGGCUUUUGUAUUUCAGAAUGGCCAUAACUGUAUACCUGAUGAACACUACGUCCAGACGCUGCUCAAAAUGAGUGGGCUUGAAAACGAGCUUGAAAGAAGGACAUUGACUUACUCAUUAUGGAAUCAAUCUGCUGAAGCAGGGGAAAGGAGGUCUUGGCACCCUUUUAGGUUCAAUCAUGCUGAUGCAAGUCCCCAACUAAUCCAAGAUAUAAAGGUCAUCAACCAUGUUUACUAUGACUCUGAGAACCGCAAAGAGUUGUGCCAUGUUAAUAUUACGAUUGCACCUUGUUUUCUAUUUGCAAGGAAGUUCACACCAUUGGCAGCCGUGCGCCUGUUGACUGAGCGCUCCGUCGAUCUUCAGGAUGCUGCUUCUGUAUUUCAUGCAGCACCUUGACCACCAUUUAUUUGGGAAGAAAAACACAGAUAGCACACAAGUAGAAAAAGCACAAGAUACCAUUUUGUUCUUCAUUAAAGCUUUCAGAUAAGAGGAAGAUGGUUUCCCCCUUCUUCUUCUUCUUCUUCUUUUUUUUUUAAUUAAUGUUUAAGUUAAUAUGCAAAAAUUGAUAUAGGUUUAGGUGCUUCGAUAUUAAGCUUACGGCCACGAGCAUAUGCCA